AGAGUCGAAGUCUAGAUAUAUAGCAAGGAGUCGAAGUCUUGAUGACAAUGGAAAUGGCAAGAAGAGAAGUUGGGAAUCUACAGGAGCGUGUUGUAUAGAGCAGCGAAAGAAAAGAAAGGGCAGCCAGACCGACCUGUGGGUUCAAAAAACAAUGGUAGAUAUUGAAGGAAUUGAUGCAGAAGUCCGUGAUGGACCAGAAUCCCAGUCCUCUGAUGAAGGGCAUAGUUUAGAGCAGCCAAGAAACAGGGCAAGAGCCCAAGGUGCAGCCGGGCCUAUUCCCCUCAUCUUGGCAAGAGAGUGUAACGUAAUUCGUUGCUUGAAUGAGUCCAGGAGGAGCAUUAACCACGAUGGAAUCUUGAUUUCGAUGGCUCGUGGGCCAGUACGCAAUGUAAUAAUUCGGCCUCAUUAUCAUCAGGCCCCCAGGAGUUUGGAAGGCACCUUUGAGUUGAUACAGCUCUCUGGUUCUCUUAUGCCUGGCAUCUGGAAUCAACCUUUGUCGGCUACUCUAGAAGGUCGUCAAGGACAAAUCAGAGGAGAUAUCUUUGGAGAGAAUCUGUGGGCAGAUGGUCGAGUAAUUAUUGUAGUUACUCGCUUAGCCAACCCUGUCUAUUUCAGCCUAUCUUCUGCAGCUCGCAAUCACCCUUCUUCUGCUCCACCUCCACCACCACCAUCUCAGACAAAUGUGAACCCUGCUACAGGUCCUCAUCAGCCAAGAAUGAUCAACAAUAUGCAUCCUAUUCCUCCCCCACCUCCACCUCCACCUUCAUCACCACCAUCUCAGAUAAAUGUGCACCCAGCUACAGGUCCUCAUCAGGGUAUUGUGGUUUCUUCUUCUGCUCCACCUCCACCUCCACCUCCACCAUCUCAGACAAAUGUGCACCCUGCUACAGGUCCUCAUCAGGUUAUCGUGGUUUCUUCUUCUGCUCCACCACCAUCUCCACCUCCACCUCCACCUCCACCAUCUCAGGCGAAUGUGCACCCUGCCACAGCUCAGCAGACUAUUCCACCCCCACCACCACCAUCUCAGGCCAUCAGCUCAUCACCCGGGUCCGCAUGGAAGUUGUGAAAUACUUCUUUCAAUUAUUUGGGUGAUUCUUUUUUGUCAAUCUUUAUUUGAAGUAUGGUUUCUUGACUUUCCCUUCUCAGACUGGCAGUUUGUAAUCUCCGAUCCAUAUUUACUUAUGAGAUGUAAAGAUUCAUACUCUCUUAUAAGAUGUAAAGGUUUUUUUUCCUUAUUGUGACUCUUACUAAUAAUGCUCUAUUUAUGUUUC